AUGCCGGGUGUCAAGGAUCUGGCUUACUACGCUGUCCACCCUAAGGAGCUGCGCUCAAUCAUUCAAUGGAAGGUGUGGCACAACCCCGUUCAUGAGCGCGACGACUCCAAGGAGAGCGAGUCGCUGAAGCGAUGCAUGUACUUCCUUUCCCAAACGAGCCGCAGCUUUGUCGCUGUCAUUCUCGAGUUGCAUCCCGACAUUCUCGUCUCUGUCGCCAUAUUCUACCUAGUCCUCCGCGGCCUGGAUACUAUCGAGGACGACAUGACGAUACCGUUGGCUACGAAGGAGCCUAUCUUACGCGAUUUCCACAACAUCAUCGAGCAGGAUGGUUGGACAUUCACCGAGAACGGGCCCGACGAGAAGGAUAGGCAACUGUGUGUUGAGUUCAACGUUGUGAUCGAGGAGUUUAAGAAGCUGAAGCCUGCGCACCAGGCCAUCAUCAAGGACAUCACCAAGCGGAUGGGCAAUGGUAUGGCAGACUAUGUGAAGAAUGCCGAGCUUGGCGUCGAAAACAAUGGCGUCAACAGCGUCAAGGACUACGAGAAAUAUUGCCAUUACGUAGCGGGACUUGUCGGCGAAGGUUGCACGCGCUUAUUCGUCGAGGAGGGCAAGGCGAACCCAGCUCUUCUGAAGAGGACAGAGCUCCACGAGUCGAUGGGCCAAUUUCUGCAGCAGGUCAACAUCAUCCGUGACAUUAAGGAAGACUUCGACGACAAGCGACGCUUCUGGCCGAAGGAGAUCUGGUCCAAGCAUGUGGACAAUUUCGAAGACCUUUUCAAGCCGGAGAACAAGGACAAGGCCCUUGCCUGCAGCUCAGAGAUGAUCCUGACGGCAUUGAGGCGCGCCGACGACUGCCUCUUCUAUCUCGCUGGUAUCAAGGAGCAGAGUGUGUUCAACUUUUGCGCUAUUCCCCAGUCCAUGGCCAUUGCGACACUCGAUGCCUGCUUCCAGAACCACGACAUCUUCAAGCGAAAUGUCAAGAUUACGAAGGGUGACGCUUGUCAGCUGAUGCUUGAAUCAACACAAAACCUGCAAUUGGUGUGCGAUGUGUUCAAGCGCUACACACGCAAGAUCCAUCAGAAGAACAAUCCCCACGAUCCGAACUUUCUUCAGAUUAGCAUUGCAUGCGGCAAGGUUGAGCAAUUCAUCGAGAGCAUCUUCCCUUCGCAGAAGCCGCCCGUGGAUGAGAAGAAGAACCCAGCCAGUGCGGAAGAAGCCGCAAGGCUGAAGAAGGAGGCAGAUGACAACAAGUGGGAGACAUUCUACAUGAUCUCAGCCGUCAUAGGCACCAUUGUAUUCAUUUCCGGCAUAAUGUUGGUCGUUGCCUGGUUUGCGGGCGCGCGGUUCGACAUUGCUCUUGGCCAAGCCAAAGAGCAACUAGGGCAACUCUUCGGCACGGUGGGCUCCGACAACGCCAGUGCGCCAUUGGAUGGCAAGCCGUCGACGGAUCACAGCGAACUGUAG